AUGGAGGUGAAAGCUACUCCAAAAUCUUCCAUGGAAAUAAAACUUUCUGAGAUCGUUAUAAUAGAUAUGCCUGGUCCGAGAGAGACUUGCAGUAUCUGUACCGACGACAACAUGAGAUCUAAUCAGAUGUUCUCUGUUGAUAUAUGUCAUCAUCGGUUUUGUUCCGAAUGUGUGAAACGACAUUUAGAGGUGAGACUACUCGAGGGACUCGCGAUGACAUGUCCUCACGAUGGUUGCCAGUCUAAGCUGAGUUAUAUAAAUUGUAUCCACCUUUUGACACCUAAACUAAAAGAGUUUUGGAGACAAAAGAUGAGAGAGGACUUGAUUCCUGUAGCGAAGAGAGUUUAUUGCCCAAACCCUAGGUGCUCGGCUUUAAUGUCGGAAACCGAGCUCUCUAUAAGUAAACCUACUGAUGAAGCUAUGAGAUUCUGCGUUAGAUGCCAUAACCCGUUUUGCAUCAGCUGCAAAGUCCCGUGGCAUAGUAACUUGUCGUGCGAGGAUUACAAGAGUUUGCAUCCAAAUCCUACAGAAAGUGAAAGAAAGCUAAAAGCUCUAGCAAAUCAGAAAAGGUGGCGUCAAUGUGGAAAGUGUCAGAAUAUGGUUGAGCUUUCUCAAGGAUGCGUUAGCGUGGUCUGCAGGUAA